AGGGACCUGGAGCCCAGUCCCCAGUGAGUAAAGACAGCACAAGGAGAAGACAUUCUGAGUCUUCACCAUGGAAGAGUUUCUCAGCCUCUCUCUGGGCCUCUUGCUCUGCCUGGGGCUCAGGCUGGCCCACGGGGGCAUGGAUGCAUGCUAUGAUGGCCAAGGACACCCACAGCGUUGUCUGCCUGUGUUCGAGAAUGCAGCGUUUGGCCGCCAGGUCCAGGUGACCAACACAUGUGGCAGCCCACCCGAAGACUACUGCCUCCAGAUGGGGGCCCCUGGAGACACCAAGCUGUGCCACCGCUGUGAUGCCAGGGACCCCGACCACCACCACAACGCCUCCUACCUGACCGACUUCCACAGCCAGGAAGAGAGCACUUGGUGGCAGAGCCAGUCCAUGGCCUUUGGGGUCCAGUACCCCAACUCGGUCAACAUCACCCUACAGCUGGGAAAAGCUUAUGAAAUUACCUACGUGAGGCUAAAGUUCCACACCAGUCGUCCUGAGAGCUUUGCCAUCUACAAACGCAGCCAGUCUGGAGGUCCCUGGGUGCCAUACCAGUACUACAGCGCCUCCUGUGAGAAGACAUAUGGCAAGCAUGAGGGCCAGUAUCUGAGGCCAGGGGAGGACGAGAGGGUGGCCUUCUGCACUGAUGAGUUCAGCGACAUCUCCCCACUGAGUGGAGGCAAUGUAGCCUUCUCCACCCUAGAAGGUCGGCCCAGUGCCUAUAGCUUUGAUGAGAGCCCCAUCCUGCAGGAAUGGGUAACCAGCACAGAGCUGCUUAUUUCUCUGAACCGGCUCAACACCUUUGGGGAUGACAUCUUUAAGGAUCCUAAAGUAUUGCAGUCCUACUAUUACGCCAUCACUGACUUCUCUGUCGGGGGCAGGUGUAAAUGUAACGGGCAUUCCAGUGAAUGUGUCCUCAAUGAAGGGGGCCAGCUGGUCUGCAGCUGCCAGCACAACACCACGGGCCCUGACUGCGAGAAGUGCUUACCCUUCUACCAAGACCGGCCCUGGGCUCGGGGCACGGCGGAGGCUGCCAAUGAAUGUCUGCCCUGCAAUUGCAGUGGCCUCUCUGAAGAAUGUUUCUAUGACUGGGAGUUGUACCGGAGCACUGGGCAUGGAGGGCACUGCCAGAACUGCCGCGAUCACACCGCUGGACCCCACUGUGAGCAUUGCCAGGAGAACUUCUACCGCUGGGACCAGAAGCAGCCAUGCCAGCCCUGUGACUGCCAUCCAGCAGGAUCUCUGAGCCUACAGUGUGACAACUCAGGCACCUGUGAGUGCAAACCCAGUGUGACUGGCUGGAAGUGUGACCGCUGUCUGCCUGGGUUCCAUUCUCUUAAUGAAGGUGGAUGCAGACCUUGUACCUGCAAUGUGGCGGGCAGCUUAGGAACUUGUGACUCCCGCAACGGACGGUGCCCUUGCAAGUCCAAGGUGGAAGGCUACUUAUGUGACAGAUGCCAACCUGGGACAUUUAACCUGAAGCCUCAAAAUCCUUCUGGUUGCACCAGCUGUUUCUGUUAUGGCCACUCCAUGGUGUGUGCAGCUUCCCUCCAUUAUGGCAUACACUAUAUCAUCUCUGACUUCCACCAGGGAGCAGAGGAUUGGAAAAUCAGAGGUCCGCAAGGCAGAGAGGAGCCUGCACAGUGGAGUCAGAGUGGAAUCUUCUUGGAGCCAAAGGGAGAGGAGCUGUGGGAGUUCAUUGCACCAGAGAAAUUCCUUGGAGAUCAGCGCUUCAGCUAUGGGCAGCCCCUCUCUCUGACCUUCCAAGUACCACCUGGGGGCUCUCUCCCCUCUAUCUGGCUGAAAUUGGAAGGAGCAGGACUAGCCCUGACUCUGAAACCCUCCAGUCCAACAGGCACCCAACAGCCUGGGCAGCCUGAAGAGUACCUGUUCAUGUUCAGCUUACAGGAGACCUCGGAGGAUACAGAACGCCUGCUCCCAGCCUUUCACUUCCAGAGGCUCUUGGCCAACCUGACCGCACUCCAGAUCCAGGUUGUGGGUCCCAGAAGCAGCAGCAGCAGCCGCCCUACAGGUCAAGUGAUCCUGACUAAAGUCCAGCUCACUUCCGCAGGCCCCGGUCUGGCCCCCGAGGCCCCUUGGGUGGAAGAGUGUACAUGUCCCAGGGGCUACCUAGGACAGUUCUGUGAAUCCUGCUCUCCAGGGUACAAGAGGGAGACGCCCUUGGGCGGGCCCUAUGCCAGUUGUGUCCCCUGCACCUGUAACCAGCACGGCACCUGCGACCCCGAAACAGGGAUCUGCCAGUGCCUGCACCAAACCGAGGGCCCCUCCUGUGAGCGCUGCACACCUGGUUUCUACGGCAACCCCUUUUUGGGUCAGCCGGAUGACUGCAAGCCCUGUCCCUGUCCUGGCCAAUCAGCAUGUACGACCAUCCCAGAGAGCGGAGAGGUGGUGUGUACCCACUGCCCUAAGGGCCAAAGAGGACGCCUUUGUGAGAUGUGUGAUGAUGGCUUUUUUGGGGACCCCUUGGGGACAUCUGGUCCCCCCCAGCCCUGCCAGCGAUGCCAGUGUAAUGAGAAUGUGGACCCCAAUGCUGUGGGCAACUGUGACCCCACAACAGGCCACUGUCUACGCUGUCUGCACAAUACGACUGGUGCCCACUGCGAGCAGUGCCAGGAGGGUUUCUACGGGAGUGCCCUGGCCCCACACCCUGCGGACAAAUGCACUCCCUGCAGCUGUGACCCAAAAGGCUCAGCCAGAGAUCAGGGGGCCUGUGACCCCCAGACAGGCCAGUGUUCCUGCCUCCCCCACGUGACUGGACGGGACUGCAGUCACUGCAGCCCUGGUUUCUACGACCUCCAGCCAGAAAGGGGCUGCCAGAGCUGCAAGUGCCAUCCUGUUGGUUCCCAGGAGAACCAAUGCCACCCUGAAACUGGGCAGUGCCCUUGCCUUCCUGGGGUUGGUGGAGUGGCAUGCACCCGCUGCCAACCCAAUUUCUUCGGCUUCUCUGCCAAGGGCUGUCGAGCCUGUAACUGUUCCCCUUUGGGUUCUGUCACCACCCAGUGCCACGAGAACAGCACCUGUAUAUGUAAGCCAGGCUUUGUGGGCUACAAGUGUGAUCACUGCAAGGAGAACUUUUUCCUCACAGCUCAGGGCUCUCAGUGCCAGGAGUGCCCAGUUUGUUUCUCACUAGUGAAGAAAGAGGCCACCAAACUCAAGUCUAAGCUAAAGGUGAUGGAGCGAUGGCUGCAGAAAUCUGACUGUGACAACCCCUGGAGGGACUAUGCCUUGCAGGGAGAAUCACCGAGAGGAGACACCUACCAGGACACUAGGGAAGCUUUUCUGGAGCAAAUGGAAGAGUUGGGGAGUUCCAUGAGGGCUGCCCGGCAUCAAUUGAAGGCAGCAAGCAAGAAUGUCAAUUGCACCAGGAGUAGUUUGGAGAAGUCCUGCAUCCAACUGGUCGACAUUGAGACUCUGCUGCAAUCAACAGAGCUGGAGAUUCAGCAGGCAUCUGGAGUCCUCACCACAAUGGUAAUCCCUCAGGAAGUGCCCAACCAGCUCACCAAUUGGAGUCAUCUAGCUACUGAGUCUCAGACCCUGGUCAAGAGUCAUACAGACAUAGCCACCAAGAUAGAGGCAGCAGCACGGAGGGCUCUGCUUGCUUCCAAUACCAGUUAUACUCUUCUAUGGAGUCUCGUGGAGGGCAAAGAAGCACAGGAGAUAUGGCACGAGCUGGAGGACAGGUACCAGGAAAUGCAGAAGGCCCAGGAGGAGCUCAGAACAUCCACAGCCCAGGCAACCACUGAAGCCAAGAGUGUGCUGGCAUCUGUGGAGCGGAUUAGCUCGGAGGGGGCUCAGCACCUGGUGAAGCUCUCCACUCCGGAAAUUUUGCCUCCCACACACCUUACCAGGGACCUGGACAGGAAACUACAGGAUGUGGAGAAGACACUGACUGCUCAAGAGAGUAUGUUCACCGAAGCAGCCCAGGAUCUCUUGGCCACUUCCCAGGAAGAGCUUCAGAAGAUCCAGCCCUUUGAGCAACUGCGAGAGGGGGCUAAGACUGCCCUCACCCUGGCUACCUCAUCUAUUGCUAAAGCCAGAACAACCAUCAGUGAUUCCAAGACUUUGCUGGCCAAUCUGGAAGAAAUGAAGAAAACAUUUCCUCAGCCAAAGGACCAGGGAGCUCUAAGAAGAAAGGCAAGAGUCAUUCAAGAUAGACUCAUUGGUGAAACCCAAAAGAAGACUAAGCAAGCAGAGAAGAUGCUGGGAAAUGCUGCUUCCAUCUCUGCCACAGCUAAGAAGAAGGCCAAGGAAGCUGAGUUGUUGGCUAAAGAGAGUACAAAGAAUUCCAAGACCUUGCUGAGGGAAAGUAAACAGGAAUACCGACAAGCCAGCAAACUGACCAACCAAGCACGAGGAACUCUCCGAGACAUCUCCCGGCAGGUGAUGUUGUCCAGGGAACGAAGGAAAGAGAUGGAGAAAGUUGACUGGGCAGGGACUGGGCCUGGGUUGAGCAAGGUGGAAAGAAACAUACAGGAAGCCCGGAGCUCCCUGGAGAUGGACAUCAAGGUCUUGUCUGUCCUGCUUAAUAGAUUGGGGAAGCUGGACACGCACCAGGCUCUAGCCUCAGCUCUGAAUGAGUCAGAGCAGGAGCUGGAGCCACUGAGGCAGCGCCUGGACAGACAGGGGUCCCUGCAAGAGAAACUGAGCCUGCUACAACAGGAGGCAGAGCAGCAGGAGCUCCAGAUCCAAGACUUGGAUAGUGAUCUCAAGGAGAUCCACGCGGACAAACAGAACCUGGAGGACAUUCUGCGCAGCCUGCCGGAGGGCUGUGCCAGCUGGCAGUGAGAAUCUGACCUAAGCCCCUGAGCACGCGCCCACCCACACAUACACCUGCCUACACUCCUGAGGGUACACACAGUCAUGAGCAUACACACUCCUAUGCCCACGUACAGCUCCACAUGUACUCAGGCCAACUGUGGUCAUGCAAACAUGUCCACAAGCACGCAUACCAGUGCCAGCCUGUGUGCUCACAUACCCACCUGUGAACAUGCCACACGUUGUACGUACAUGCCCACGUCUACACAACCAUUCAUGCCAACAAGUAUCUCCCCAGCCACAGUCAUUUAGGCACACAGAUUCAGAAGAACAGAUUUAUACACCUAUAGCAACAAGUAUGUGGGCAUCCUUCCACUUAGAUGCACACACUCUAGCCUAUGCAGUGUGUGACGUAUGUCCGUUUCUGUGCACACAUAGACCAAUACUGAUGUGUACUUAUAGAAAUAACCUUCUGGGUACACACUCCAAGAAUAAUAUUCCCAGUUCUCUCCUCCCUCAAACAGCUCAUGUAUACAUAAGCAUAUGUGCCUAUGCUCACAUUAUUUACAUGCAGAAACUUAUGCACACUCACACACACAUUGAUGUGUCUUAUGGCCCAUCUCUGCAGACAGCUCACUGUGUUAAUGCCUGAAUACAGAUGCCCCACUCACUUACGGUGAUCCAUUCAUGCUUCCAGGUUAGCUGGGUAAUCCCUUUCCUUGCCAGUCUACAGGUUCCCAUGUAUACUAGCCAGCUCCCAAGAGCCCAGUGAUGAGUUGGUAGUUCUUGCCUGCCUUGGAUUGUGAGGACCAACAGGUGCUACUGAUGAUCACUGGACAAACAGGAUAGCUUGAGUAUUCCAGUAUUUAGGAAGAUCUGUGUGUUCCCCAACUUUGCCUCUUUUGAGCUCUUCACCCCCUGGCUCUCUCUAGAUCCCACUCAGAUUAGGAUCAGUGUCUCUUCCAUCGCCAAUACCCCCACACCCACACACAACCCCCUCCCCUUCACAGAUUGGGAAACAAAACAGGCACUUGGGGUUUCUCAGUGGUAGCACUUGAAACCAAAGAACUCCUGAAUCCACUGCUUGACCAGUUAGGCAGGUCUACAGGGUCUUCUCUGUCUCUCUUUCUCCUCUGCCUGUCUCUCUCUUUUUCUAUCUGGCUCUGUGUCUCCUUGGUUUCUCUCUAUUCUCUCUCUCCUCUCCUCUUCUUUCUUUCUCUCUCCCUCUUUUUCUCUCUCUCCCUGUCUGUCUCUCCCUCUCUCUCCUCUGUUUCUCUCUCUCCUCUCCUCUUUUUCUCUUUUCCUCUCUCUUCUCUCUGUUUCUUUCUCUCCCUUUCUCUCCUUCCCUCUCUGUCUCUCUCCCUCUCCUCUGUUUCUCUCUCUCCUUCCCUCUCUCUGCCUCUCUUGUCUCCCUUUCUCUUUCCCUCUCUUUUUCUCUGUCUCUGUCUCUCCCUCUUUCUCUCUCCCUAUUUCUCUUGUCUUUCUCUCCUCUCCUUCUCUCCACCAUCUCUCUCUCCCUCUCUGUCUCUCCCUCUCUCCUCUCCUUUGUUUCUCUCUCCCUCUUUCUCUUUCCCUCUCUCUUCUUCAUUUCUGCUCUCUCUCUCUCCCUUCCCUCCCUCCAUCCAUCCCUCCCUCCCUCCCUCUCUUGUCUCUGUCUCUCCCUCUCACUCCUCUCUCUGUUUCUCUCUCUCCUCACCCCGUUUCUCCCUCUCUCCCUCCAUCCCUCCCUCUGUAUGUAUCUUUCUCUCCCUCUCUUUCUGUGUCUCUGCCUUUGUCUCAGUCUCUUACUCUCUUUUUCUCAUCCUCAAUCUCUUUCUAUUGCCUUAUUCUAGUGCCUAAUUCCUGGUUCUUGGAAUUAAUUGCAGUCUCCUAAGGAAUUUUCCCAACAGCCCUUUCCAUUACACUGAGGCCUCUUACUAUGUGAUAGCACAUGGAAUUCAUUUCUAAAUAGCCUGUACCUUGGAGGGAAGACCUGGGUCAGAGGGUGGACAGGAGCACAGAUAUUUCUGUCAGCUACAGUGAUUCUGACUCAGCAGCUCAGUUGGACUCUAUUAACCACCCUCCGCAGCCCACACAGGGAAGCAACAGAAGGAAUGGAGUCCAUGUCAGAGCUCAGGAGGUCAAGAGGUUGACCUCUCUGCCUCUACUCAACCUAGGGGAGAUCUCACUGCUUUAGCUCAUUUGGUUAGGUUCUUAUUCCUCCAACUUUGACCUCCAGGCUUGGAACAGAUCAUUGCAUGGAAGCAGGAAGGGUCAUGGGAAGCUUAAAGGCAGGAACAGCAACAGACAGAUUCUGCUGUAAGGGGUAGGAGUGAGCAGAGAGAUAGGAUGUUGGAACAUCCCCCUGAAUGCUGCCACCUCCCUCUCUUCCCCCACCAAUCCCCUGCAUAGUAUUCCUGCCCUUAAGCAGGGAAAUAGAGUGAAGAGUCCCCAGAUCCCCAAAGGUUUUUCAAGUAGAAGACAAUACCUGAGAAUCUAAUCUGGAGAAAGAGUCCUAUUAUAAAGUUCUUCUGUUUAACCUAGAAAUAAAAGGUCUUACAAGGA